GGGAGGAGAACCCAAAAAAAAAUCCCCAAUUUUUUUCUCUCUCCUCUUUCUCUUUUUCCAGCUUUUCACCCGCGCUUUCUGCAUUCUUCUCCUCUGAUAUUAUACAGAGAAGAGGAAAUAGGGAAAUAGGGCUUCCGCUUCCGCUCGCUUGCCGAAAAUGCCAUGGUUUCCUUGUCAGCCUUCCUUCGAAUAGGGGAAUCCCAGCUUUGACUUGAUAGUAUUCUAUUAGGGUUUUACUUUAAUCCAAAAUUUUCACUUGGGUCGUCGUUUAGGACAAGGGUUAGGGUUUUGUUGUUGGCUGGAGAUGGGGGCCGCAGCAUCAAGCGUUCUGGGACCUGAAGGUGAUGGAGGAGCUCAGGAGACGGGGCUAGGAGAUUUGCCGGAAAGUUGCAUCGCGGAGGUGAUGCUGCACCUCGACCCGCCGGGGAUCUGCAAGCUGGCGAAGCUUAGCCGAACUUUUCGGGGAGCGGCGUCGGGGGAUUUCGUGUGGAAGACGAAGCUGCCUAGUAACUAUCACUACCUCUUGGAGAAGGCGUCGGAUGACAAGGAGCUCAGAGUUCCGCUGACUAAGAAGGAAAUCUUUGCACGGCUUUGCCGCCAGAACCCCUUCGACGGAGGAACAAAGGAAUUCUGGCUAGAGAAGCACAGAGGUAGAUUUUGCAUGUCCAUUUCUUCAAAGUCGUUUUUGAUAACUGGAAUAGAUGAUCGGAGAUACUGGAAUUAUAUCCCGACGGAGGAAUCAAGAUUCCUCUCAGUUGCCUAUCUUCAGCAGAUAUGGUGGUUUGAAGUGGUUGGGGAAAUCCAGUUCUGUUUCCCUCCUGGCACAUACAGCCUAUAUUUUCGCCUUUAUUUGGGACGUCCUUCGAGGCGAUUGGGUCGUCGAAUAUGCAACACAGAGCACAUCCAUGGUUGGGACAUCAAGCCCGUUCGUUUCCAGCUCUGGACAUCGGACGGCCAGCAUACUUUGUGCCAGUGUACUAUAGAUGAUCCUGGUUAUUGGAUUCGUUACCAUGUUGGCGAUUUUGAAGUAAUGAGCUCUGAUGUACCCAACAAAGUCAAGUUCUCCAUGGAACAAAUAGAUUGCACCCACACAAAAGGUGGUCUUUGUGUGGAUUCCGUAUUAAUAUACCCCAAGCAGCUUAGACAGCAAGAGAAGUUCUCUCCUCUCGGCGUGUAAAUUUCAUUUGGAUUAGAAAAGACUGCAAUUUUCUUUUAAAUUUUCUUCAGUUUUGUUGCCAGCGAUGAUGGAAUGCCAGAAAUCUGUACAUACAAUUUUUGUCCUGUCAAUUUUGGGUGAGGCUGGUAUUACAAUGUUGUAUUGUAGGCUCUGUGAAUUAAUUCCAGGAGCUCAUAUAGCUUGCAAAUGUGCGUGAUUGUAUUUUUUUGCUGAUUAUUGAAGUUUAAAUUAGUUUGGCUUUUCACCAAA